AUGGCGCGGACGAAAAAAUUAGCGUGUCCGAAUGAUGUCGCCGAUUUUCCUGAACCGCUGAAUUGGAGCCUCGACGAUGAGGAGAAGUUUUUUAACAACAUGGAAAAGAACUACGGUGUCUUACGCGACUGGAUCGGGUUUAUUAACUAUGAUGUCUACUAUAACUAUGGCUGCGUCUGGGGCCGGACUGAAGCUGAUGUCGAGGAUGGCCACGGCGGAAACUAUUUCGUCUCGUGGGAGGAGGUGGCGAGCACGCUAGCGCUGCCUGCCAUGUCAAUGAACGCGGCGGUGCAGAGCAUGGACGGCAUCGUCAAGAUUGCCAACCAAAAGAUUGAGCAGGACCGCCAGGAAGGAAUCGCGUCCAUCAUCACCACCGUCUUCUUCUUCAUCCCAUUUGUCGGCGAGGCGGCGGGCUUGAUUGGCGGCGCGAUCAUGCGCACCAUUAUCGAGCUGGCCGGUGUGUUUGCGGAUAUCGGCUACUCGAUCUACGACACGGUAGAGCACCCGGGCAACCUGCUUUCAGACCUUUUUGGCAUCAUCUUUGCCGGGGCUGGCUUGAAGGGUGCGUUCAAGGCGGCGUCGGCAGAGUGGCGCGUGCUCAGGAGCGACAAGAUUGAUACGCUGCCGAAGACGUUUGUGAGGGACGUCAAUGCAAUGCGCACGAUGCAGGGCGCCUGCAAGCCCAUUGUGAGAUGA